ACUGGCGGUUUCAUCCAUACUGACUCCACAGACUUUCAAACUCUGUGAUAUGCCAAAAGUGCUGCGAAAAGUGAGAAAAUCAUUAACCAAUGAUAUCCUGUUAACUAAACAUAUAUCGCUCUCACCAGGAGUGGUUUUAUCUCUAAAGACAAGGUGGAAGCCAUUCAUUUACGAAAAGUAAACAAGAGUCCUGUGUCGGCGGCCUAUCUGAAAGCUGUCUCCUUUUUUAUAUAUAUAGCUAUAUAUUUGUCCUUUUAUAAGCGUUGCUAUGGAGGAGGUCACUAGGCUAGUGUCAGCAGGCGAUUGCCUGAAGAUCUGGGAUUCGACCACCAUGACAGUGGUGGAACAGUUGAACCCGCACAGUGCCGUUCACCCCCUGACACAAGUGUGCUGGAGUAGUAGUAAUCAGUACAUUGUCAGUGCCAGCAGUACAGGUGACAAGUUGGUUGUGACAAGCCUGAAGUCCUCACCAGUGCCAGUGAUGGAGCUUGCAGAAGGGAAGAAACAAACGCGGGUUGCACUGAACUCAACAUCUCAGUUCCUGGUCAGUGGAGGUCUGGAUAGCACAGUAAAUAUCUGGGACCUGAAAACAAAAAGAUUACAUCGUAGCCUCAAGGACCAUAAGGAAGAAGUGACAUGUGUAUCCUUCAAUGGUGGUGACAGCUAUAUAGCAUCUGGUUCCACCAGUGGAGAUAUCAUCCUUCAUAACAUUACUACCAAUCUGUCCAGCAAACCCUUCGGCCAUGGGCCAAAUGAGCCUGUCCAUGACCUGAAGUAUUCGCUGAUAAAGCGCUCUCUGUUGGGGAGUGUAUCAGAUAGUGGUUCUGUGGUGCUGUGGGAUACCAACACACAGAAGGAGCAGCACACGUUUGAGGGAGCGCAUAAAGCUCCUGCCUCAGGCCUGGCCUUCUCCCCAGCCAACGACCUGCUCUUCAUCACAGUGGGAUUGGAUAAGAAGAUUGUCUGUUAUGAUACUUCCAGCAAAAUUAUUUUCAGGAGUAAGCAGGUUGAGUCCCCCCUCACAGCAGUGGACUUUACUCCAGAUGGAGCAGGGCUAGUAGUGGGCUCCACCCAGGGCAGGAUCUACCUGUAUGACCUGCGUAAUCUGAGUGCUCCUAUUAGAACCACCAUAGCUCACAAAACGUCAGUCACCUGCAUCCGCUUUCAGCACUCCAACACCAGGCUAAAGACAAGUAAAACAGUGUCCAGCAAGACAUCCUCGCUGCAGUCCAGCAAGAGAACCUCUGUGAAGCUUGGACCAAAUCCUCUGAGUGGCCCUCCAACCCACAGCUCUACAGUGGCCCCUGGCCUGCCUGCCCCUGAACACCAGCCACUGGAGCGAGCAGAUGGGCAGGCCCAGAACCCAGUCAGUGGUGGGGCGGCAGAGGUGUCUUCCAGGGAGGCUGAGGGCCAGCACAGCGUGGACAAGUUCAGCACUGUGGGCCGAAACAGCCUCAGCCUGGACAUCUUUUCUCCUGUCACUGAGGGUUUCAAAAUGCAUGCUUUCAGUGGUGAUACUCCAACUUCCAGAAAUGGUGGUAGUACCGAUGUGUUCUUCAGAGAAGCUGAGGGUCAGCACAGUUCAGACAGAUACAGGGUAGGCCGGAACAGCCUGGACAUUUUCUCUCCUGUCCGAGAUGAUUACAAAGGUCAAAGACUCAGUGAUGCCUCAGUUGGAAAGAAAGAUUUAGACUUCCUACCUCAGUACCAUGGCUCAGCCCAGCGUAAGAACCCCCUGGGCACGCCUGGCAGCCGCUGCUACAGUCCACUGUCUGCUGUCCACACUCCCCCUGCAAUCAAAGAAGAGGAGCCAGUAACCACAUCACCUACACAUUCAGACAGGCAGAGCAGCACAAUGGUGAAGAACAGUGGUCCCAGGCAGGACAUCAUGACCACACCCCCUACUUCUCAGAGUACACGCAUCCAAUCAGUGCCUCCCUUCAACACCCCUGAGCCUAGUCAGCGGCAAGAAGUGCCAACCCAGCUCACUUAUGAUUCACCAGUGAAUGGCAGCCAGCCCACAGCAGCACCAGCAGCAGCUGGUGCUUCUGCUGCUGGAAGUAGUGGAGCUCCACUCACUUCUGUCCAGAUGAAUUUUGUACGCAACAUGAUCCAUGAAGCACUAGAGGACUUCAGGGACACCUGCCAUAGAGACAUUAUCAAUCUCCAAGUAGAAAUGGUGAGACAAUUCUACAUUCAACUGAAUGAGAUCCAUGGGCUCAUUGAGAGGUACUCUGUCAAUGACUCUCUUGUAGAGGAGAUUGAGAAGCUGAAGGAGGAAAACAAACGACUCAGAUCCAACUACUAAGAAGCAGAUGGAUCUCCACUUUUUACAUGGGUAGAGAAAGAUCUCCCACAGCGCUUGAAGUAAGGGUUUGUCCUGAAGUCUCUGGGGGCACUACCCCAUCGAUCUAGGUGGAGGAAUGAUGGGGAGAAAUUCAUACCUGGCUGCUGCUGUGUGAACUAUGCUCUUGUCCCCUCAGGUCAGGAGAGGCAUCUUGUUUUGUAUUUGUCACACCAGUGCAUAUUUUUAAGGUUACUGUGGGAUUUUUCUAAUAUUCCUGUGCCUUCAGAAAGAGAGAAAUGUGCUAGAUAAUUUCUCUCCAUUUGUGCAGUUUUUUUGCAUAUCUUUAAAAUAGAAAAAUUGUAAUAAAAUAUUAUGAUACACAGGGCUUACAUUUAUGAAUGCUGUGUGGUGACAAAAUUUGACAUUCUUCCAUUCCAACCAUUGGAUGAGUGUGCUCUAGGUUAUGCAUUUGUAUUUCAUUAUUUUGUAAGCCUAUGACCAAACCAGUGGAUUGUACACACUGGUUAUUUUGCUUGUCAGCAGUUAGAAUACAGACAAUUCAGACAUAAAUCACACAAACAAGUGUGUUUUUUAAGUGACUUAUCAUGGUAAUAGCUGAAAAAAGCAAACAAAUUACUAACUCAAAAAUAUUCCUGUUUAUAAUCAACUUUUGUAAUAGGCCCUUUAGCAGUUUUUCCUAAAUAAAUUAUUGCAUUAAACCUCUA